GGUUGGUUUUUUCUUCUUCUUUUGUCAACAGCAGUGCAUCAGCAAGCACACCUCCACACCCUCUGAAGACCAGGCUGCGGGUUAUCUGAAUGGUCAUGAUGGCUCAGGCAGCUGUAAGUGUCCAGCCGGCGAUGGUGGUGGCCACUGAUAAUGUCAAGCUGAACCAGUGGAGCAGUGGAGUGUGUGACUGCUGUGAAGACAUGGGCAUCUGCUGCUGUGGUUUCUGGUGCGCGUACUGCCUGAUGUGUAAGACCAGUGAGGAUUUCGGAGAGUGUCUCUGUCUCCCCCUGCUGGAGAUUUGCUUUGGCGGCAUGUUGCAUCCUAUUACACUCGCCAUGAGGAGCAGUAUGAGGGAGCGGUACCACAUCAGGGGAUCGAUACAAGAUGACUGCUGUGCAGCGACCUGCUGCCCAGUGUGUGUCUGGUGUCAGAUGGCCAGAGAGCUGAAGGUCCGACAGCACUCUCUAGUGGUCAUUAACCCUGCCGUCAGCCAAGUUCACGCCGUCAAUGUGGCCUACCAACAUCCUCAAGCCAUCAAUCCUGCCUACCAAUAACCUCAGUGCCAACAUGCAAACCUUUAACCUCAAGACCCCAAAAGCCUAUUGUUUUGCUGAAAUUAGACUGAAUAGACAUUAUUUCAAUAUUUAUACCUAAAGCCUAGCUAUCUUUGCCAAUAUGUUUACUGAUUG